GUUUGCUUGGCCCCGCCCCCCUCCCCCGGGCGCGGACCCUCCAGCUGCGGCCGGUUACAUUCCAACCGCCUGCAGCUUCCCGCGCGCCUCGCCCCUCCCCCUCCCGCGGCGGCCGCCCGGUGUCAUGGCUUCCUCCGAGGUCGCUCGGCAGCUGCAAAAUGAUAACUGUCGACCCUUAUCUCUGUCUGGUCAUGUUGGUUUUGAUAGCUUACCAGAUCAGUUGGUUAACAAAUCCAUCAACCAGGGCUUCUGCUUCAAUAUUCUUUGUAUUGGGGAGACUGGAAUUGGAAAAUCAACCUUGAUAGAUACUUUGUUUAACACCACUUUUGAUGACCGCAUAUCAACACAUUUUCAACCAAAUGUAAGACUCAGAGCUCAGACGUACGAACUCCAGGAAAGCAAUGUUCGAUUGAAAUUGACCAUUGUAAAUACAGUGGGAUUUGGUGACCAGAUAAACAAAGAAGAUAGCUAUCAGCCAAUAGUGGAUUACAUAGAUGCACAAUUUGAGGCCUACCUCCAGGAAGAACUGAAAAUUAAACGCUCCUUGUACAACUACCAUGACACUCGCAUCCAUGUCUGCCUCUAUUUUAUUUCACCUACAGGUCAUUCCCUUAAAACGCUUGACUUGUUAACCAUGAAGAAUCUUGACAGCAAGGUGAACAUUAUACCAGUCAUAGCCAAAGCAGACACCAUUUCUAAAACUGAACUACAGAAGUUUAAAAUCAAACUCAUGAGUGAAUUGGUUAGUAAUGGGGUCCAGAUAUACCAGUUUCCAACAGAUGAUGAAACCAUUUCUAAAAUUAAUGCCACCAUGAAUGGACAUUUACCAUUUGCUGUAGUGGGGAGUAUGGAGGAAAUGAAGGUUGGAAACAAAAUGGUGAAAGCUCGACAGUACCCUUGGGGCAUUGUUCAAGUGGAAAAUGAGAAUCACUGUGACUUUGUAAAGCUUCGUGAGAUGCUUAUUUGCACAAAUAUGGAAGACCUGAGAGAACAGACUCAUGCACGGCAUUAUGAACUGUAUAGACGCUGCAAACUGGAAGAGAUGGGCUUCAGAGACACAGACCCUGAAAACAAACCAGUCAGGGUCCCCCUACUAAAGGGUUACACAGAUAGCAAAAAGUCUAUAUCUCACAGCCACACUUCUGUAGAAAGUCUACAGGAGACCUAUGAAGCUAAGAGGCAUGAGUUCUUUGGUGAAUUGCAGCGGAAGGAGGAGGAGAUGAGACAGAUGUUUGUGCAGAGAGUCAAGGAGAAAGAAGCAAUAUUGAAAGAAGCUGAGCGAGAGCUGCAGGCUAAAUUUGAACAUCUUAAGCGACUUCACCAAGAAGAGAGGAUGAAGCUGGAGGAAAAAAGAAAACUCCUGGAAGAUGAUAUGAUUGCAUUCAAUAAAAGGAAAGCUGCUACUGAGUUACUUCAAGCACAGGCAUUUGCAUCUACACCUAGCGUUAGUUUGAAAAAAGACAAGGACCGUAAAAAGGAUCCAGGUUUUCGGCUUGAACUCCUGUGCUUUGAUAUCAGAGAUCAUGAAAUUGUGAACGUGCAGGAACAGAGUGAGAGUGAGAAGUUAGAAAGGGACAGAAACUCACACAGGGAAUUCCAGAAAUAGCAGUUGGAUGCAAUUGUCAAGUGUUAUGGGUUUAGGGUAUGUGUUUAGUUUCAAAAGUUGUAGAAAAUGUAGAAUUGAUCUUUAUAGUUACUACUUUUAUCUUGCAUUUCUUCUUUUGUUCUUGGUAUUAUCAUAUGCUAUGUUAUUUUCUAAUAGAGAGUGAAGCCAAUGUGGGUCUUUGCCAGUGCUAAACAGUAAUCUUUGCUGGGUCAAUGGCACUCAUUGGCUUGUAAUCCUCCAGUACCUCCUCUCCACUGAGGAACCAGUUACUCUGCCAUAGUUGUGACUACCAUCACAUACGUUAUAAACAAGUAUUUUCAGGAUUUUGUAACAUGGUCAUACAGUUGUGCUGUAUGCUGAAUAUGGCCCACAUUUUUUCACUUUUGGAGCCAAUUGACUUUUGUCUUGUGAAAACUUGAAAAAGUUGUGGAGUUACAGGGGUCCUUUAAAAGCAGAACUCCCAAAUAACUCAUUAAAACAAAUGUGUUUUCACAAAGAAAAUGGAUGCACACAAAAUAUGUUUUAACUUUGAAUGUGACAAAAACAAACAUCAUAAAAUUAAUCAUUUUUUCCUUGAUGGUGGAUUACAAUUUAACUGUAAAUAACUGUCUGCUUUGUUGUUUGUGUCAGUCUUAUUGAAAUUGAAAGUUCAAUUUUGAUCUGAUACGCAGCUGUAUGUCACUAGCCAACUGCUAUGCAUAAUUUUAGAAGUUAUGUGGGCACACACAUUCCCAUGAAUGCUGGAGCAAGACCAGGCUUGACUUUUUCUGUGUAUACAUCAGUAUUUUGUUUCUACUUCACCUUCUCAAAAUUGCAUCUUAUAAACAAUGUAGCUACUUUUUUUCCUUCAUGUCGACUUCUGUAAGAAUUGUACAUGAAAAUGGAUUUAUUAAAAUGGAUUUAUUAACUAUGCCAUUAUGAAUACUUCUUGAGUAUAAAGUUUUAAAUUUUCUCUAUAUUUACUAAUGUAUAUUAA